AUGCUGCGGUGCGACAUUCCUUCACUGGAUGCCAACCAGCCAUGCGCGCCUCCCACUCCUGCUCUGCCGCUCCUGCGAUGGAAUCUCGGGCCGGACAAGUCGAGAGUGCUGAGAAUCCAGAGUGUGAACGAGACGUUGAACGUGCUGUCGGAGCUGGAGGGCGAAGUCGUGGUGGUGUCAAUCGUGGGGCCAUACCGUACAGGGAAAUCCUUCUUGCUGAAUCAGCUCGUCCCACACGAGCCGGGGAACCUGACAUUCAAGGUCGGGGACACUAUCAAGCCUGAGACGGAGGAGGUCACGCUCGUUAUCAUCCCCCCCUGUGCCUCACAGGGCCGGUACCGGCACCAUGUGUUCCUCGACACCCCUGGGCUGUUCGCUCCCAACCGCGCGUCGAUCUUCGAUGCCCAGCUGCUGGCGGUCCUGAACCUCGUCAGCAACGUGGUGCUGUACAACAGUGUUGGAGUGAUCGACCGGGCCGCCGUCGAGAAGCUCUCGUUCGCCGUCGAGACAGCGUUUGCAAUGAGUUACUUUGAGGAGCAGGACAAGGCCGACAAGAUCUCCCGGCCGCAUCUUGUCUGGGUGGUGCAGAACUUCCACCUGGACAUGUCCUUGGAUGGGACCAAGAUCGACGGGAACAGCUGGAUCAACAAGCUGCUGACGCAGGUCGACGACAGCAACAACGGCACCUCGAAGAUUUCUCAACAGUUCCACACUUUCUUCUCGUCGCUGGAUGCUGUCGUCCUGCCGUUCCCAGUGGACAAGGUGGAGGACAUGAAGUAUCUGAGUCAGUUGCCUGCCUCUGCAUACACGAAGGACUAUCACAAGUCGAUUGACUACCUGCUGAUGAAGAUCAGGAGUGUAGCAGGGCCCAAGGUGCUGGGGUCGGUGAAGAUGACGGGGAGCUCGCUGGCAAACCUCAUCUGGAAGUGGUCAGAGACUAUCAACAUGCCGAUCGCGAGCUUCAAGGCCAACUCAGCCCAGGAUCUUCUAGAUCACAUCUUGUACCAGGAGGUGAAGAAGGCGAGUCUCAAGUACACGGACGUCAUGCGGAGGAGCGUGGUGCACCCGUCUUCCAGGGACUUGAUCCUUUCGGUUCACAGGAGAUUGAUCGAUCGCCUCGCUGGGAACGGGCCAGGGAGGGUGAGGGAGCUGGUGGAGGCUGCGGUUCACCCGGUUCUCGAGGACCAUCUCCUGGCUGCUCGGAGGUUCGUGGAGAAUCGCUUCCAGAGGAUCACGCAGAUCCUAGAGAACCUGCACUCGGAGACGAUCAACUUGUCCAACGUCGAGAAGGAGGAGGCUAUCAGGGAAUGUGCAGAAGAGGCCCAUCAGUCCGUCGGCAACAUCCUCAACAACCAGACCAACGUGUUCCUACCGCAGACCCUGGAACUGUUGACUGCGGAGGCCAACAGGAAGUUCCCCACGGAAACCGAGCUGAUCGACAAGUGCGCAGCUGAAGCCAUCGAGAUCUGCAAGGAGGCAGAGGAAUUUAUCUCUUGCAACGCGGACGAAGAAAUCAAGAGGAUGCAGAAGCGCGUGGAGACCAAGAACGAGGAGAUGUCCUCCAACAUGUGUGGUCGCGAGUCCGAGAUGCUCGUGAAUGUGUACAGCACCAAGGCAAGACGAUGGUGGAUGCCGGACUUUGGAAGCACCUGGAUGAGGUGA